AUGCACCUCUCAAUAUCUCUCCUCGCCUCGCUCGCCCUCGCCCGGUACGGCCUCGCAUACAAGCCGCUCUCUGACAAUUUCCUCCGACAAGUACCGGGUGUGUCGGAGGCCGAGCUCGACCCUGUGGCGGGCGACCUGCUGGCGCCGUUUCUGCAGCCGCGCGCGCCGGGUUCCGAAGGCCACGCCGACAUCCAAGACCAUCUCGUGCAGUACUUUGCGGCCAACCUGCCGGACUGGACGGUCGAGUGGCAGAACGCGACGACGUACACGCAGGACCCCAAGGACAAGAAGAAAAAGUUUGUGGCGCACCACCUGGCCAACCUCGUGUUCCGGCGCGAGCCGCCCUGGACGCGGCCGGGGCAGGCCAACCUGCUGACACUGGCGACGCACUACGCGACGCCCUCGACGGGCGUGCCGGCCGGGUACGUGGGGGCCACGGACGCGGCCGUGUCGUGUGCGCUGCUGCUGCACGUGGCGCGGAGCCUGGACCGGUUUGCCGCGCAAAUGUACCGGGAGAUGCAGGAGCUGGGCGAAGGCGGGACGGUGCCAAUGGACAUGGGGCUGCAGGUGGUGUUUGUGGACGGCGUGCCCACCGGCAAAGAGAACGACAAAGGCGGCGCCACGGCAGACGUCUCGGGGAGCAAAGGGCUGGCCGCGGCCUGGGAAAGGGAGACCAACCCGGCCUUGGCGGCCUCGCUCUACGGUUACCCGAACCGCCUCAACCAGAUCUCGCUGCUGCUGCUUCUGGACCUGCUCGGGGGCAGCCGACCGCGCGUGCCGUCGCGGUACCAGACCACCCACUGGGCCUACCAGGCCAUGGCGCGGGUCGAGCAGCGCCUGCGCGGGUUGGGUCUACUGACGAGCAGCAGCAGCAGCAGCAGCGGCGGCGGCGGCUUGGGCACGGCCACAGACGACCCCUCGGCCGCCUUUUUGCCCGACCACGCCACCCCUGUCCACCAACUCGACCUGGCCAGCGGCUGGGCCACCGACCGGGACGACCACAUCCCCUUUAUGCGCCGCGGCGUCGCCGUCCUGCCCGUCGUGCCAGACGCGAAGCCCGCGCAUGCGGGCACGCUCCUGGACGACGGACAGCACGUGGACCGGGCGGUGGUGCAGGACUGGUCGCGGAUUCUCGUCGGGUUUGCGCUGGAGUGGCUGGACAUGAUGGAGGUCGAGCCCCAGGCACCAGCGGGCCGGCGGCGGCGGCGGAGGGCCAGUCGCAGCGAGUGA